CGACGAGGCUGAGGUCGGCUGCGUGGUGUGUCGCGUGCUGGGAUCGGCUUCCGAGGGCGAGUCGGCCCGGGAGAAGGCGCACACUCGUGUCUGGUGGCGGAAGUCGAGUGGAGCGCAAAGUCUGGAGGCAGAAGAAGAAGAAAAAGCCUGGAACUUGAAGGCGACUUCCCUGCUGUUUCCGAGGGGGGCACUUCCACAGGGAACCCCUCUGCUCCGGUAACGGCCAGAGAGGAGGAGAUGGCGCCAGUCAGGGAGCGGCCGUGGCCGAGACAGUGAGGAGGCGCGAAGGCCGAGCCGCGGGACGAGGAGCCGAGCCGUCGCUGCCGCCGCCAGCACCCGCACCAUGGAGGGGGCCAAGCCGACCCUGCAGCUCGUGUAUCAGGCCGUGCAGGCGCUCUACCACGACCCGGACCCCAGCGGCAAGGAGCGCGCCUCGUUUUGGCUUGGGGAGCUGCAGCGUUCGGUUCAUGCAUGGGAGAUUUCAGACCAGUUGUUGCAGAUCCGCCAGGAUGUGGAAUCAUGCUACUUUGCGGCACAGACCAUGAAAAUGAAGAUUCAGACCUCGUUUUAUGAGCUGCCCACAGACUCUCACGCCUCUUUAAGGGAUUCAUUACUAACCCAUAUCCAGAACUUGAAAGACCUGUCACCUGUCAUUGUAACGCAGCUGGCUUUAGCAAUAGCCGACCUUGCCCUACAGAUGCCUUCCUGGAAGGGAUGUGUACAAACAUUGGUGGAAAAAUACAGCAGUGAUGUAACUUCUCUGCCUUUUUUGCUGGAGAUCCUUACCGUGUUACCUGAAGAAGUGCAUAGUCGUUCCUUACGAAUUGGAGCUAAUAGGCGCACAGAAAUUAUAGAAGACUUGGCCUUCUACUCUAGUACAGUAGUAUCUCUACUGAUGACCUGUGUAGAAAAAGCAGGAACAGAUGAGAAAAUGCUCAUGAAAGUCUUUCGCUGUUUGGGGAGUUGGUUUAACUUGGGAGUUUUGGACAGCAACUUCAUGGCUAACAAUAAAUUACUAGCACUCCUUUUUGAGGUUUUGCAACAGGAUAAGACCUCAUCUAACCUGCACGAAGCUGCUUCCGACUGUGUGUGCUCAGCUCUCUAUGCGAUUGAGAAUGUGGAGACAAACCUGCCAUUAGCAAUGCAACUUUUCCAGGGAGUGCUCACAUUGGAGACGGCCUAUCACAUGGCUGUGGCUCGAGAAGAUUUAGACAAAGUUCUGAAUUACUGCCGUAUUUUCACUGAACUGUGUGAAACUUUUCUUGAAAAAAUUGUUUGUACUCCAGGCCAGGGUCUUGGGGACCUGCGAACUCUGGAACUGCUUCUUAUCUGUGCAGGGCAUCCUCAGUAUGAGGUAGUAGAGAUUUCCUUUAACUUUUGGUACAGACUAGGGGAACAUUUGUACAAAACUAACGAUGAGAUGAUUCAUGGCAUCUUCAAAGCUUACAUUCAGAGACUGCUUCAUGCCUUGGCUCGACACUGCCAGCUGGAGCCAGACCAUGAGGGAGUUCCUGAGGAAACCGAUGACUUUGGGGAGUUUCGGAUGCGGGUAUCAGACCUGGUGAAGGAUUUGAUUUUUCUCAUUGGGUCUAUGGAGUGUUUUGCUCAGUUAUAUUCUACUCUGAAAGAAGGCAACCCACCCUGGGAGGUGACAGAAGCGGUUCUCUUUAUCAUGGCUGCUAUAGCAAAGAGUGUUGAUCCAGAGAACAAUCCAACACUUGUGGAGGUUCUGGAAGGAGUUGUCCGUCUGCCAGAGUCAGUCCAUACGGCUGUGCGAUAUACCAGCAUUGAGUUGGUGGGAGAAAUGAGUGAAGUAGUUGAUCGAAACCCUCAGUUCCUUGACCCUGUUUUGGGCUAUCUGAUGAAAGGUUUGUGUGAAAAGCCCUUGGCUUCUGCUGCAGCGAAAGCGAUUCAUAACAUUUGCUCCGUCUGCCGGGAUCAUAUGGCUCAGCAUUUCAGUGGACUCCUGGGGAUUGCCCGUUCCCUGGACUCCUUCACGCUGUCCCCAGAAGCCGCUGUGGGCUUGCUCAAAGGGACAGCACUUGUCCUAGCCAGGUUACCUUUGGAUAAGAUCACUGAGUGUCUCAGUGAACUCUGUUCUGUUCAGGUUAUGACAUUGAAAAAGCUGUUGUCCCAGGAGCCCAGCAAUGGCAUGUCCUCAGACCCGUCGGUGUUCUUGGAUCGCCUGGCAGUGAUAUUCAGACACACUAAUCCUAUUGUGGAAAAUGGACAGACUCAUCCAUGCCAGAAGGUCAUACAAGAAAUAUGGCCGGUUUUGUCUGAGACUCUAAAUAAACACCGGGCCGAUAAUCGGAUUGUAGAACGUUGUUGCAGAUGCCUGCGCUUUGCAGUUCGCUGUGUAGGCAAAGGAUCUGCAGCCCUGCUGCAGCCACUUGUCACCCAGAUGGUGAGUGUGUACCAUGUACAUCAGCAUUCCUGUUUCUUAUACCUUGGCAGUAUCCUUGUGGAUGAGUAUGGCAUGGAGGAAGGCUGUCGCCAGGGACUCCUGGACAUGCUCCAGGCACUGUGCAUCCCCACGUUUCAGCUCCUAGAGCAACAGAACGGCCUGCAGAAUCACCCGGACACUGUGGAUGACCUGUUCCGACUGGCCACCAGGUUUAUUCAGCGUAGCCCUGUCACUUUACUGAGGAGCCAAGUAGUCAUCCCUAUCUUACAGUGGGCUAUUGCCUCUACUACGCUAGACCACCGAGAUGCCAAUUGUAGUGUCAUGCGAUUCCUGCGAGACCUCAUCCACACAGGGGUAGCCAAUGAUCAUGAAGAAGACUUUGAAUUACGGAAAGAACUGAUUGCACAAGUGAUGAACCAGCUUGGCCAGCAGCUUGUCAGCCAGCUGCUGCACACAUGCUGCUUCUGUCUGCCCCCCUACACCCUGCCAGACGUGGCUGAAGUGCUCUGGGAGAUCAUGCAGGUCGACAGGCCGACUUUUUGUCGAUGGUUAGAGAAUUCCUUGAAAGGUUUGCCAAAGGAGACAACUGUAGGAGCUGUCACGGUGACACACAAGCAGCUUACAGACUUCCACAAGCAAGUUACUAGUGCUGAGGAGUGUAAGCAAGUUUGCUGGGCCUUACGAGAUUUCACUCGCCUGUUUCGAUAGCUCACUGUGCUGCACUGUGCCUGCCAUCCAGGAAUGUCUUUUUUAUUAGAAGACAGGAAGAAAACAAAAACCAGACUGUGUCCCACAAUCAGAACCCUCCAUCGUGGCAGAGGGACCUUCGCCGGACUGGGAGCGACUCGAGCCUGCCGAGCCACCCCGAGGAGGUCCUGUGAGGGGUUGCGAGGGAAAAUCAGCACGGUUUAUAAAGAGAUGGCUGCAACCUGUCCAGCAAGGUGGGAGGGGAGCUGGUUUCCUAGUGAACUUGUCUCUAAAGGAGAAAUGAUUUUAAGAAAAUAAAAAAAAAAAAAAAAAGGAAAACUGAA